AGGUCUUCUGCCACCAUGCGGCUCUGGGUCCUGCUUCCCAUGGUCCUAACUGUAGGGGGGAUUAUCGGCUUCUGGGCUGUAUUCGCCAUGGCAGUUGCAAAUGGCUCCGUAAAUGUCACAGAAGCAUUUCCAUAUAUCAGCACCUGUGGCGCCUACCCACCCCAGAGCUGCCUGUUUGGUCAAGUUCUCAAUCUCGGAGCUUUUUUAGGUGUGGUGAUUUGCUAUCUGAGAUACCAACAGGUGCGAGAUUACGGCUGUCAUUCCCACUUAAAUCUAGCUGGGCUUAUUCUGGGCAUUUUUUUUGCCAUUGGUGCAUCUCUCGUGGGCAACUUCCAGCAAUAUAACCAGCUGGAAACCCACCUGGUGGGAGCUUUCUUGGCCUUUGUGAUAGGCAUUGUUUAUUUCUGGGUCCAAGCGUUUCUGACCAACCGAGUGAAUCCAAGACACGGAGGGCCAUGGAUGGCACCUCUCCGCUUCUCCCUCAGCUUCUGCAGCGCUGCCUUCUUCAUUGGCACAAUUGUGCUUUUUACACUGGGGCUGACGUCUGAGGCAGCCUACUGCGAAUGGGCCCUGGCCAUGAACCUGUUUGUGCUCUUCGGACUCUUCGCAGUGGAUUUCUGGCACGUGGGGGCCUGCUCCAUCCAUGUGCACCACCGACUGGCAGAUCGGGACACUCAAGACAUCCAAGCAUCAACACAGACUCUGCCGCUCUGA